GGAAUGGUAGAGUUGUCUCGAGCGACAACAAUUUUAGAUGAUGAAGAGCCUGUGAUGUUGCUGAAACAGCUCUUCCUCUGGUUUUGAUAUUCUAGGACGAGGUAUUACUUAUCUCACGACAGCGAUCGUUUCCUGGUUCUCCUACUGUCACUCAGAUGCAUGGCCGCCAAAGUGAUGGUGAAGAAAACAAAGCGUAAGCGAAAGCCGGCGCAUAAAAAGAAGGUUUCUGGAGCGACCUGCGGCUCCAAGAUGAACUCGACCGGAUAUUACACUACACGGAAGCUAUUUUUUUUCCUGCGCAAAAGACGGCAUUGUAGGCGUUAUUUUCCCCGUAUUCAAAAUAAAACUUCAUCCGUGAAAAAGAAAAUGAAUAGUAAAAAAGCACGACCGGUGCGAAAACGAACUCUCCGAGCGAUAAAUAAAAUGAGGCCGUUCUUAAUGAGGAGAGCAGCUAGCGGAGUGCUGAGGGCAUCGUCUUCCACCUUCAUGGUGGUCGCUGACGAUCUUCCGGCGGCGCAAAUAAAGCCUCCACUGUUGAAAAAUUCGCUAGCCUGCUGUUUGAAGCGAGGGCCCAGCUUUGUAAGGACGACCAGUAUCAUCUGUACGACUACGACGACUUGUUCUGAGUUGUCUGCCCCGGUUGUUGAUGCAUAUCAAACAAGCCCUAAAAAUGAUGCGCCCGUACAAAAUCAGAUGAGCAAUAGUCCCCUGUCGUCAGCCUCCGGUUCCUCGUCUGCGGUAGCGGCCGCGUUGGCACCAUCAGCACACGACCAUACUCGUCGGGAGCCCCCACGACGAGGACCGGCAACAGGAGCGAGCGGCGCGCAAUCCCCUUCCCCGCGGUCUGUUGAGCCUUCAACAUCGUCGCUUGGUGCUGUGAAAAACGGCACGCGCCAGAUGGGCACGACAAAUAACAACCAAAGUCGCGACAACAAGAAGAUUCCGCCAGACGACCUCGAGGCGGUAGUUUUUUUUUGUGUUGAGAAUUGGCUACAACGAUCCACGUGUUUUAUCUGCAGCACAAAGAACAAACAGCUCGACGUCGACAUGCGCAGUGCUUUUAGGGCUCUCUUUUUGUUCAUAUGAUACUACAAUACAUUUUCUUAUUCUUACUUAGUACUCACGAUGGGUUCUUAAUUUUGUGCUAGGACAUGUUCAACAUAUUAAUUUUAUUUUUUUCAGGUUCAGCAGCUGGUGCAGCGUCAGUUCCAGCACCUGCCACGCAUUCUCGCCGAGCUACAGGAGCACGGCGCGAAACGCUCACACUGGGCCUGGUGGGCGUGGUAUGCAAAUUGCAAAAUCAGGAGUAUCGCACGAGUAGUAGUUGUACUGUAUUGCAUGAUGAUUACUAAAAAUGGAAUUUGCCAUGCAGAAUCAGGUCAGCGAGGAGAUUUGUUAUACAUGGCAGCAAAAGCAAUUAGUUUUCUUUUCCUUUUACUACGACCACGCACGGGCUCGGGCAACUUCGUAGCCACGACCGCGAUAAUACUUUUGCACACGAUAUUUGGCCGACCGACAAAGAGGGGAAUGCGGAACCCGGUGCCCCGACCCGCGUGACAGAAGAGACAGCCAGGAUACUUUGCGGGGAACACCCACUGAUUCAGAACGCCGCGGGCGACUUACCGGAGGAACAGCAAAUACGGAUCCAGAACUGGCGCACGGUGUUGGAGCUAAUUGCCGAAUUGCAAGAGAAGGCCGUGCCACUUCCACCAGGAGGAAAAACUCUUCCAGGAGGGCAGAAUCUUAAUACAAUCAAGGCGACGUCGCGCGUCAUUCCGGGUAUUGACCACGGAAGAAUUCACUUUUUCAACGAAUUUUGGGCAAACCAUCCAGAUUGUCCACCGUGGCUGCUGGAUGUGAUCACGCGGUAUCGUCGGUACGACUGGGGGCGAUAAGUUGUUUUUCAAUUGAAAUUGUACGUGACUAACAAGGGUUCAAGUUGCAUUUGCCACGACCGCGACGACUUACACUGACUUACUCCUACACAUUGCGCUAGACUUAGACACGUGCAGCUGCAGUUGAGCUCUGUAUUGUAGGAUGAUUUGGCGCUUUAUUUUUCUUCAUGUUUGCCCUCCCACGUUGUAAGCGCAAAUGGAUCGAUCCUUGUGUCCUAGUUUGUAAAGCAGUCAUCUUCAAAUGACAAUCUGUGAAAAUCAUGUCGAUCACCAUAAAGAUGCCCAGCGCGGCAACUACAGGCAGCUGCACCUUUCGAGGAGAGCGAU